CCACAUUUCGCUCAGCCAGUAACGCAACAAGUAUGACAUCUCUGCCAGCCAUCUUCAUCCUCCUGCUCCUGGUUUGUUCCUGCAACUCCGAUGACCACCUAACACCCACACAGCCACUCUCACCCGACGACGAGCUCAUCUCAAGCAACGGCGUCUUCGCCCUCGGCUUCUUCUCCCUGCAAAGCUCCAUCGCCAACACAUAUUUAGGCAUAUGGUACCACAACAUCUCAGAGCGAACAUAUGUGUGGGUGGCCAAUCGCGACAACCCGAUCACGAGCAGUUUGUCUGGGAAGCUGGUUGUGACCAACACCUCUGACCUCGUCUUGUCAGAUUCCAACGGCCGUAUCCUCUGGACGACCAGGACGAAGACGGACAACAUCACCACCGAGUCAGGUGACAUACCCACGGCGGUGCUGCUCGACACCGGCAACUUCGUCCUCCUGUCGCCGAAGGGAACGGAUAUAUGGCGGAGCUACGAUGACCCGACCGACACCGUCCUCCCGGGCUUCAAGCUGUGGACGAACUACAAGACCCACGUAGCAGUGCGCAUCGUGGCCUGGAAGAGCUCCCAUGACCCGUCGACCGGGGAAUUCGUCCUCAGCGGCGACCCCAGCACGGGCCUCCAGAUCCUCACCUGGCGUGGGAAGAGCCUCUACUGGCGCAGCGGGGUGUGGAACGGCGCCACGGCCUCCGGCCUCACCAAUUCCUUCUGGUCCCAGGUCAUCGACGACGGAGAGGUGAUCUACUCCACGUACAACACGGCCGACGGCUCGCCGAUCAGAUCGCACUGGAAGCUGGAUUACACGGGCGACGUGGUGUUCAGGGUCUGGAUCGAUGGGUCGUCGUCGUGGAAGCCCCUGUUCAAGCGCCCGGGCAACGGGUGCCUCCACUACGGCUCGUGCGGGCCGUUCGGCUACUGCGACAUCACGGGUGCCGUCUGGGAGUGCAGAUGCCUCGACGGGUUCGAGCCGGCCCACGGCUUCAGCGUCAACUCCUCCAAAGGGUGCGUGAGGAAGGAGGCGCUGAGAUGUGGCGGCGACGACCACUUCCUGACCUUGCCGGGGAUGAAGGUGCCCGACAAGUUCGUGUACCUGAGGAACAGGAGCUUCGAGGAGUGCGCCGCCGAGUGCGGCCGCAACUGCUCGUGCACGGCAUACGCCUACGCCAACUUGAGCAGUAUCCUCGCGACGGGUAACCAGUCGAGGUGCUUGGUCUGGAAAGGGGAGCUUGUCGACUCGGAGAAGGCCGGCGACGAUAUUAGUGGUGACAACUUAUACGUCCGGCUCGCCGGCUCUGCUGGAGACAAUUCCGAAGAAAACAACAAGAACAAUAGCUUCACGGGAGACAAUUCCGCAGAAAACAACAAGAACAAUAGAGGUGUCCCUGUGGUAUUGAAGAUUGUACUCCCGGUUAUAUCAUGCCUCACUGGUGGAAAAAAGGCCUUUGGUCGCGGUUCGCAACUGCCAUUAGUCGCGGUUGCGCAACCGCGACCAAAUAAGCGCGACUAAAGCCCCCCACCUUUAGUCGCGGCUGCUUAAGAACCGCGACUAACGGCCCGUCCACGUGGGCGCCAGGCGGCC